AUGCGGUAUCCAGCACUCACGCGUCUUCUCCAGCAAGAUGGCAUUCUACCAAACUGGACUGGGCAGCUAUGUCCUCAUUGCGGUAGUGGCAAGCUAGCCAAAGUCAAGUACUUUGCCGGGAGGAAAGCUUGGGCCCAUAGGUGCCGGGCAAAGGCUUGUCAUCAGUAUGUUCAACCACACGACUUCCAUCCAGUCUUCAUCAAGGGUGCAGGCAACAGCAAGACGUCUCUCCAGCUCCAAGCCUCGGUCUUGCUGUGUGCUACAGCUGGCGUUCCACAGCAUUGCGUGUCCAAGAUCAUGGAUGUAGAUGACAAAGUGGUGAGUAGGCUCUACAACAACCUUGACGCGGCUCGGUCUCGCUUUGUCGUCGCUCAUGAGAAGCACAUCCGAUAUGGGGAUAGCAAACAGUGGGUCGAUGUCGAGGCGGAUGAGGUAGAUCUGGGAAAGGGCAUCAUCGAGAAUGAGGACAAGCCGAAACUCAACACCAAGUGGGAGCAGUGGCUCGGUCUAGUACAACGCGGCUCCCCGAAAAGUCUCCGACUCAUUCGUCUUGAUCCACCUCCCACAAAGGCGAGGUCGCCCGGACCAGGGCCAAUUCGCAAGCGGGACUGGAAGCCAAUUGGGAAACAGUUCCUCGAGGGCCGCCGCAUCGUUUUACACACUGAUGGUGCUAGAGCAUACAAACUAAAACUCAACUUGGUCGAGCACUGCAAUGUGGUGCACAAGAAGAAGAAAGUGAAAGUCGGAAAGAAAGUGGUGUGGAAGAAACCUCACUUCACCAAAGUGUAUCGUUUGAGCCUUCCUGGCGGGAAGACACUCCGCGUCAAAAGCGGCACCCAAGUGAUCGACCGAUGCUGGCAGCACCUCCGGACACACUUGAAGUACACGAAGCGAUCUCCAGGCAACGAAGUCAUGACAAGGAAAAUUCGUAGUGCUCAGUGGCUGUACUGGCAGAAGGGCCGAAGCCUGUGGACAGCAACAGGCGAGCUCAUGAGGUUUCUCUGCCAUUCUCUAAAAAAGAUGGUUUUUUUGGUUUUUUGGUUUUGCCUCGUAAAAGAUGGUUUUGCAUAG